GUAUUGUAAUUGUUUCUUUCUAUCUCCCUGAAAUAACUCUCAGAACUUCUCACUCACAAUGACACUGCAAAAACUUUCUCUUUCUCUCUCUGAGCUCUUCAAGGUGUAUUGCUGUUGAAUGUGUUGAAAGUGUUGAAAGAAGCUUAGCUCAGUGUACAAUCGAAGAACAAGCUUCAAGAAUCGUUCUUCAAACUCAAUCAUACACAGAUCUUGAACGAUCCAUUGAAUUCAGAAAAAUAGCGUUCGAGUUUGAAGCGUUCUUGGAGGCCUGUAAUUGGAUUUCGAGUGAGGCUUUUUUAGUGAUAUGAUAGCUCAGGAAGCUAAUGGAGGAAAGCAUCAAUAGAGGGGAAUUUCAGCCUAAUUUGGCUAAACAGACUUCAUUGAGGUUAGGUGGAAGUUUGAAAUCAACGUUAUCUGGAAGAUCAAGUCCGAGAAAUUCGCCGACAUUUCGGAGACUGAAUUCUGGCCGCACACCAAGAAGAGAUGGAAGGAGCAGUUUAGGCGGGGCACUGUGGUUUCGGAGCAAUCGUUUACUUUUUUGGUUGCUUCUAAUUACCCUCUGGGCUUAUCUUGGAUUUUUCGUUCAGUCCAGGUGGGCUCAUAGUGAUAAGAAGGAGGAAUUUUCUGGCUUUGGAACAGGGCCGCGAAAUACUGGCUCAGACGCAGAACAGGUUCAGCGCCGCGAUUUGCGUGCCAGUGAUAAUUCAUUGUCUGCUAAUAAUGAGACUGAUACAAGUAUAGCAGGGGCUAGUAAAACCAUAAAUGUAGCUUUGGCCAAGAAAGGCAAUGAUGUUCCGUCCAAUCGUAAAACGAGCUCAAAGAAGAGGAGCAGGAGAAGACGUGCUUCGAAAGGUAAAUCAAGUGGUAAGCUGAAACAAACUACAGAAGUUAAGAACUCUGAUAUAGAGGAACAGGAGCCAGAAAUUCCUACAGCCAAUAAUACGUAUGGAGUUCUUGUUGGUCCGUUUGGCCCAGUGGAGGAUAGGGUUCUGGAAUGGAGUCCAGAGAAACGUUCUGGGACCUGUAACAGGAAGGAGGACUUUGCACGUCUGGUUUGGUCCAGAAGAUUUAUCUUGAUAUUUCACGAGCUUUCCAUGACUGGAGCUCCACUUUCAAUGAUGGAGUUGGCGACAGAACUUUUGAGCUGUGGAGCUACGGUUUCAGCUGUUGUGCUUAGCAAGAAAGGUGGUUUGAUGUCAGAGCUUACUAGGAGACGGAUCAAGGUGGUUGAGGACAAAGCUGAUCUCAGCUUCAAAACUGCAAUGAAGGCCGAUCUUGUCAUUGCUGGUUCGGCUGUCUGUGCAUCAUGGAUUGAACAAUAUAUCGAACAUUUCCCUGCUGGUGCAAGCCAAGUUGCAUGGUGGAUUAUGGAAAAUCGUCGAGAGUACUUUGAUCGUUCCAAAGAUGUAUUGGACAGAGUAAAGAUGUUGGUUUUUCUUUCUGAAUCACAAUCUAAACAGUGGCAAAAAUGGUGUGAAGAGGAAAAGAUAAAACUUAGAUCCUACCCUGAAGUUGUUCCAUUGUCUGUUAAUGAUGAACUGGCGUUUGUAGCUGGUAUUCCUUCAACACUUAACACUCCAUCCUUUAGUACUGAGAAAAUGAUGGAGAAACGGCAGUUAUUGCGAGAAUCAGUGCGAAAAGAAAUUGGCCUAACUGAUAAUGACAUGCUUGUGAUAUCACUUAGUAGCAUCAACCCUGGGAAGGGCCAGCUAUUGCUUCUUGAGUCAGUAAGCUCAGUACUUGAACAAGGAUUGUUGCAAGAUGAUAAGAAAAUGAAAAAGGUAUCAACUAUGAAGGAAGGCAUAUCUACCAUGGCUAGAAAGCAUCGCAAUAGAAAAUUGUUACCGAUGUUGAAGAAUGGCAAAGUAGCUUCCAAUGAUAUCUUAAGCAGGAGGAAACAAGUUUUGCCUAAUGACAAAGGAACAAUUCAACAAUCAAUCAAGCUUCUUAUUGGUUCUGUUGGAUCAAAGAGCAACAAGGCGGAUUAUGUUAAAAGCCUUCUAAAUUUCUUAGAACAGCAUCCAAACACCUCAAAAUCAAUUUUUUGGACUCCGGCCACAACUCGGGUUGCCUCACUUUACUCUGCCGCUGAUGUUUAUGUUAUAAACUCUCAGGGGCUGGGAGAAACAUUUGGACGUGUGACUAUAGAAGCCAUGGCGUUUGGUCUUCCGGUUCUUGGAACUGAAGCUGGGGGAACACAAGAGAUUGUUGAGCACAAUGUUACAGGUCUUGUUCAUCCUGUUGGACAUCCAGGGAAUCUUGUUCUCGCACAGAAUCUGCGGUUUUUACUCAAAAACCAGUUGGCAAGGAAGCAAAUGGGGGUGGAAGGAAGAAAGAAGGUGCAGCGAAUGUAUUUGAAGCAACACAUGUAUAAGAAAUUUGUAGAGGUUAUUGUUAGGUGCAUGAGAAGCAAAUAAGUGAAAGACGUAACUGCUUGGUACUUGCAAUGCAAUACUCCCAUUCUUUUAUUAGAUUGCACAAACCCUAUUCAGUCCAAUUUAUGGGAAAGAUUACCAGCUUUUGUGCUUUA